GCUGUUCGUAUGCAGCUUAGUGUUGAAAAACAACAGCAGUAAAAGUAAUUAUUUCAAAUCUACUACAAAGAAAGUGCAUAAAACAACUACGAAAAUGUAGUUUUCAAGUAAAAAAUAAUUAAAAAAUAAAUAACUUAUUCUGAAAAAAAAAACAUAUAUGUAAUAUAUAUAUAAACAGAAAGUACUUACUUAUAUGCAUCAUCAGUCGAAGUAAAGCAAAAAAACCAACAAAACGCCUAAAAUGCUGCUAAGAAAAAUUUCCACACUACCAUAUAUUAUCAGCUCCAUAUUUUUGCUGCAAAGUGUUGUUGCGUGGCCUGAAAUACCAUCGAAAGGCAAACACACGCGAGUGCAAGAUGCGCAGAAAAUCGACGAAAAUGAUGCUACCGCACCUGGCUUUCCCGAACCGAUAAACAAUGUGACCGUAUCUGUGGGUCGUGAUGCAUUGCUGGCGUGUGUUGUUGAUAAUCUGAAAGGAUAUAAGGUCGCUUGGGUACGAGUGGACACACAGACAAUACUCUCCAUACAUCAUAAUGUCAUAUCGCAGAAUAAUCGUAUCAGUUUGAGCUACAAUGAUCAUCGUUCGUGGUAUUUACAUAUCAAAGAGGUGGAAGAAAGCGAUCGCGGUUGGUAUAUGUGUCAGGUGAAUACAGAUCCCAUGCGUUCACAAAAGGGCUAUCUACAAGUUGUAGUACCACCCGUCAUCAUUGAGAGCCUGACCAGCAAUGAUAUGGUUGUGCGGGAAGGUCUUAAUGUAACUUUGAUGUGCAAAGCACGUGGUUAUCCUGAGCCAUAUGUGAUGUGGCGGCGCGAGGAUGGCGAGGAAAUGCUUAUCGGUGGCGAACAUGUAAACGUCGUUGACGGUGAGUUGCUGCACAUUACGAAAGUGAGUCGCCUACAUAUGGCCGCCUAUCUCUGCGUAGCCUCAAAUGGAGUGCCGCCAUCCAUUAGCAAACGAGUCCACCUGCGGGUGCAAUUUCCGCCAAUGCUUUCCAUACCGAAUCAAUUGGAAGGCGCAUAUGUGGGGCAAGAUGUGAUGCUCGAAUGUCAUACAGAGGCAUAUCCCGCAUCGAUAAACUAUUGGACUACCGAACGUGGUGACAUGAUUAUAUCGGAUACCUCACGUGCUGGCGACAAAUACGAGACAACCUCAACUGUUAGUGGUUACACGAAAUACAUGAAAUUAAAAAUACGCUCAGUGGGCCCCAACGAUUUUGGUACUUAUCGAUGCGUCGCUAAAAAUUCAUUGGGCGAAACGGAUGGCAACAUUAAACUUGAUGAAAUGCCUACACCCACCACAGCAAUAGUAACGGAAUUGUCUGGCUGGAAUCGCAGUUUGGUUGGUAAACACCGCCAUAGAAAUAAAUUUGACUUGAAUGCCUUACCUGAUUAUGGGGUCGAGGAGUGGCGUGACGGUGUCGGCAACGGUGUGGCUGGCAAUUCAUUGGGCGAUAAUAAUCAAACGCCAGUGCGUAAUCCUCCCGGCGCUUUUCACAAUUCAGCAAACUCACUGGCGCAACAUAAUCUACUUGGCGGCAUAAUUCUUUGGAUUAAAAUGCAAUCAUUUGGGAUUUACAAGCGUUUAUCGAGUUUGUACCGGCAGCCACAGCAACAACCACAACAACGUAUGGAAGCACAAUGUUUUGAGGCAAAAACGAAACAAAAGCAAGGAAAACAGCGGUUGGUGGUAGCGUGGGAUAAACAAAGAUUACAGCAAAUGAAAGUGGUGGAACAACAACAACAACAACAACAACAACAACAACAACAACAACAACAACAACAACAACUACCACUAAAGCAGCAAGUGAAAAAUCAUUUUUCUUCACUUCAACGAUUCGCCACUGCGUAUGAGCAAUCAGCAUCAGCAUGGAUGAAGAAUAAUAAUAACAACAACAACACAACUAAUGUUGUUGCUGAAUAUAUGUAUACAAGUGCUGCUGAUAUCCAGCUGCCGCUCUUGAGCCAAAUUGCAUGCGUGGAGCCGAAAUUGCGCGUACCGCACAGUGAGGCGAAAGUGAAAAAUGUUGUUGAACAAGAGAGUAAUGUGUUGUGCAAUAACAAAAACAAAAAUAAAUUGCUUGCUCAACCGGCACAGAGACUAAUGUCCAUUAUUUUGCGGCCACUUGUGUGGACAGUGCCAUUUUUGCAGCAUCUUCUGGGCAAAUCAAUGAGCACAAUUGCACAUAUGCUCAGCAAAUUACUUCAAGCGGCGAAAAUAACGGCGCUGAAGGCGAAUAAAGUUCUAGUGAACUACAAAAAUAUGAUAACAGCACUGACAGUUGGUUGUAGACUGAGCAUUUGGCGCCACAGAGAUGCUCGCAUGUAUUCUAUAGAAACUAAAGUGAAGUCUACUAGUCAGCGGGAUGUGCCUAAAGUGCGUGCUGAAGGCAACAAACGGCAUGAAAACAACAACAGUGAAAUUUCGGCCAACAACAGUAACAACAGCGUGGCUUUUAUUUUGAAAAACAACAACAAAAAACCGCUUAAUAUAAUAAAAAACCUCGACAGCAGUUUGACUGAGUGCAGCGAAAACAUUUUACAAGCACACAAAAACACCUAUAACAACAACAACAACAAAAAUGUCAACAACACACUCAACACUGUUGACAGCGUCUACAGUAACACACGCAUCAACAGCAACAGCAACAACAACAACAUUAAUGACAACGACAAUUGUAACGAGCCUCGGCGUAUGUUGCGGUUCAGCAUUGAGAUGAAAUCAAAUGAUUACACGCUGUCGGCAAAUGUGUGGUGCGGGGAUAUCGGUGUCGGUGUAGGUGUUGAUGUUGGUGUUGGUGUUGGUGUUGGUAUUGGUGCUGCUGGGGGUCGGGAAUUUGUGGUUGCUGAUGAUGUGGCUGAUGAGUUGCAAAACAUUAGCGAAGGUCAAGCGACUAAGCAUAAUCCACCAAUAAAAGUUGCGGAUUAA